ACGUCACGCCUAUCGCGCUGUUGUUGGCAACAGCGGCAACUAAAGCGGGAAGGAUAUAAACGCUUCCAUAUAGCUGUCAAGUAAAGUCGUCUUGGUAAUUCUCUCUUAACAAUAAUAACUCGACCUUCCCUUGCUCGGCUCUUUGACGUGUGUGUAGUUACAACCAGUGGUUAUCGGAGACGGCGCCUGGCUAAUUGUUUAGCAGCAUGUUUACAAGCUAAUGCUUGUGAAAGUACGAGAAGGCAGCGAGGCGAGUUGUGCUGACCUGAGCUAAGUUCUCACCUCACAUGACCAACAAGUGGAGUCUGCUUGUUUACUGUCUAUGGCCUCCAAAGCAGCUUGGCAAGAACCUUUCGUCAACAUUUUCAAACAUUUCGGAGUUGCAGAGUGGAAGAAAGCUUCAAAAGGAGGCGAUGUGUCAUCAUACACGGACAAGACCCUCAACUGUUCCGUGUUUCGGAUCAAGGGUUCUGUACCUACCAUUGGGUACAUCCUCGUACCUAAAAACACCAGCCAGUCAAUGGGUUUGACAGGAAGAUAUUUUUACCUCCUCUUCAAUCCUUCACAGGGGAAAUCUUUUUCGAUUGUGCUGGAUGUCAUUGCAGAGGAUGGCCGGGUCGUCCGAAUCUCCAUCUCCAACACGUUCAAAGAGUUCAAAUCUACUCCAACAUCACUUUGUCUGCCUUUCCUGUGCGGAUCUGACAAAGAUAUGUUCAUUGAAACUAAAGACCCAUCAGGAGGACAAGUUUCUGAAGCCCCAUCUCCCGGUCAGGUCCGCUGGACCUGUCUGAUGAUGGAUUUGCAGGAAACACUCUCAACCUACCUCAACCAACUCCACUUCAAGCAUCUUAAGAAUGUCAAGCUUUGUGCCUACAUGUCCGUGAAAAACAUGUUUACAACCAACAUGCUUCUCAAUCCGGAGCUUUCCUAUCAUGACUCCAAGCAAUCGGCUGGGGCCUCUUCAGACGUAGCAGCACCAAUGCCCAGAGACAUGGCAUUCCCGGUGCCCAAGGGACAAUCCUGGCUUGACUUGUACCACUAUUUCAGGUUUCCCCCAAGAGAACGACACACAGACGUCAAAGAAAAAGACAAGAACAAAAAGGAAGCCAGAAGUACGCGAAGCCUAGCUGUACAAGAAAAAAUCCAACCUGUUGUGAGCAGCAUACCGGAGCUUGGGGAAAUUGUCACUGAGCAGACUGACCACAUAGUUGAUCGGCCAAAGAACAACACACGCUCCCGUCGUAACCGGCUCCCAUCUACCCCCUCCUGUAACACUGAUGACGGCGGUGCUCACGUGUUUGUGCAUCAGCCGGCUGAUGUCCACAAACACCACGGGGAAACUGAUGAGUACGUUGAAAGUCCUCUUCCACAUCCUGUCUGGACGUCAUUUUCUGAAGACACCAAAGAGCAAAAGCUGUUGCCGGACCCAAUUCUCAGGCUGAGGAGAAUCAUCGGUUUUGGAGGAGCCACCACCAAAUGUGCCUUAUGGACCAGAUUAGGUGACGCUGUGGUGUAUCCAUGUCAUGCUAUUGUCGUCUCCAUGAAGAUAGACUCCAACGAGCAGAGAUUCUUCAUCGGCCAUACUGAUAAGGUGUGUGCACUGGCUUUCAAUGGCAACUCUACAAUGCUGGCCUCUGCACAAACGGGUAAUUAUUGUGUAGUUCGAGUAUGGAACUACCUGAAAGGUAAUUGUCUGGCCAUGUUCAGGAUGCAAGCCCAGUCUGUUACCUCUCUCAGCUUCUCAUACAGCGGCGGCUUUCUCUGUGGAGUGGGCAAAGACAACCAUGGCAAAACGUUGGUCGUGGUAUGGAACACGGUUAAUGUUAGCAAUGGUGGAGAAGUGAGCAUCUUGGCCAAGACAAAAACAGAUGUGGACAUUACAACCAUGAAGGUUGCAAACUUUGAUGAUACAAGGCUGGUGUCAUGUGGUCAUGAUAACAUUCGUCUGUGGCGGGUGCGCAGUGGCAUACUGCGUUCCUGUCCGAUCAAUCUUAGUGAUUAUAAAUCCUUGGACUUCACUGAUGUGGCAUUUGAGGAAGGAGACUCCCCUGAUCAGCAUCUUGAAGACCGAACUCUAUUUGCUAGCAGCCAAAGUGGCCACAUCUUUGAGAUUGACUACACCAGAGUUGUCAUUAGAAAUGUCAGGUGGUUGUUUCCAAUGCCACGGCAGGAGAAAUUGACUUUAAACAAAGGUCACGGCAUCGCAAUUAACAGCAUCAGCGUGUCCCCAUCUUUCUGUGCCACGGGCUCUGAAGACGGCUACCUGCGGCUUUGGCCUCUAGAUUUCUCCGGUGUCUUCCUGGAGGCUGAACACGAAGGUCCUGUAAGUGUGGUGUCUAUAUCAUCAGACAGCAUGCAAGUCCUGGCCGCCACCUCAACAGGUAACCUGGGAUUCCUCAACGUAACAAGUCGGGGUUACAACACGUUGAUGAGGUCACACACAGACACCGUGCUUGGCUUCAGUGUUGAUGGGAUUCGCCGACAUCUCACAACCGCUUCUUCAGACGGCACAGUACGCAUUUGGUCUAUGGACUCCUUGCAUCAGCUAUAUGACUUUGUGUCAGAAGAUAGGCCCUGCUCGGUGGCCUUCCAUCCCAGUGAGCAGAUCUUCUCCUGUGGCUUUAACUCUGGUAUUGUCAGAGUCUUUGAUCUCUCCUGUGGCAAGCUCAUGGUUGAACACAAUGAUUUCAGUGGUGAAGUGGUGGGUCUUGCCUUUUCUCCUGAUGGAAGCUCCAUGUACAGCGCUGGUUCAGAGGGCUCUCUUGCACGCUACACCUCUUCUGGGAAAGGCAACCAGUUGAUCAAAGUUGUAUGUGGUUUGGUGGCCCGAGGCACUGGCCGCGCUCCAGAUGCCCUCACAGUGAGCAGUGACAGCCGCUGUCUGGCUUUUGUUGGCCCCUCCGAGUACACAGUCACCGUGGCUAACGCGGUAUCUCUAGAAGAGUCGCUCAGAGUGGAUGUGAGUAUUUUGGACGUGGACAGCAACUUUCUGGAUUCUGCGCUGAAGGUCUGCUUCUCUUCAGCCUCCCCUAAGCAUUUGUUGGUAGCUACAUCCGCAAACAAAAUCCUCUGGGUUGACACUAAAACGGGCUGUUUGCUCCGGCAGGUGACCAAAGUGCACAAGCACUGGUGUUCCUCUCUGGCUGUGAGCGAGGACAGACGAUUCUUAGUAACAGCAGGACAUAUUUCUAUCAAAGUGUGGGAUUAUAAUAUGCAACUGAAAACAAACUCACAGAUGUUUAUAGGUCAUAGUCAGCCCAUCAACCAGGUGAGCUUUACCCCUGGCCAACUGGGUGUGGUCUCUGUAGGGGACGCCAUAUUCCUGUGGGACUUCCUGGCACAGCCUAUGGACUCGCUGCUUUCCCACGGUUCAAGACCCUCAUCCUCAGCUGCAGGUGAGGGCCAAGCCUGCAAUGAGUUGCCUCGACAAAGUGCACCGCUCCCCUUCUCUCCUCCACCGCCAGUGGAUAUUAGUGCCAUGGACACCCAAGAAUUUGAACAGGACGUCACAAGAAUUGGUUCAGAUCCCAGCUGCAAUUCCAAGCCUGCCACGUCCUUCCUCAAGAUCACAGAACCAAGUGAUGUCACAAACCUGAAUACCAGUCUUCAGGGAUUUCCUAGGAAAAAGCCAGUGCGCCCAGAUUGUUAUCGACAUUUUAUACCACGUUUUAAUAAUUCCACUCUUGAUGAGUUUGCUGUGACUCCUCAAGCAUCAGAAGCAGCCAUGAAGCUGAAAGCCAUAAUUGGUUACAAUGGUAAUGGACGAGGCAACAUGGUGUGGAGCCCUGAUCAAGGUUUAUUUGCAUACUCUUGCGGUGGUGUGGUGGUGGUGGAGUACCUCAACUCAGGACGUCAGAGGCACUUACAAGGCCACAAUGAAGAGAUCUCUUGUCUCGCAAUCUCAAAUGAUGCUAAGAUAAUGGCAUCCGCAGCCAUUAAGAGAAAUAGCAGCAGCCUCAUUUGCAUUUGGGACAUUCAGAGUGGAGAUUGUUUGAAAACCAUUUCCUACCAUAGAGGGGCAGUGCAGUGUCUCGCUUUCUCCAAAGACGAUUGCUUCUUUCUCUCCGUAGGAGACUUCACCGACCCAAUGGUGGCUCUGUGGAGCAGCAAGACACUCCAAAUGCUCUCUGGCGUGACUGUCUCAGUGCCGAUUCACGACGCAGCCUUCUGCCCCUCUGCGCCCGCCCAGCUUGCCUGUGUGGGAAGACAAAGUGUUUACUUUGGCCUUAUUCAAAGCCACGGGCAAGAUGUAGAGCUCAAGGUUAUGACAGUGAGGGCACCAGCAGAGGUUGGCGACGUGGAAAUGACGGCUGUUUGCUAUCAUAAGGACUCCUUACUAUUUACCGCCACCAACCGAGGACAUCUUUGCGUCUGGGACAUCAAGACACAGAUCUGCUUCAUGACAUGGGAGGCUGAUGAGGGCGAGAUUGGCAUCCUGCUGUGUCGAGGGAACAGCCUGUUGACAGGCAGCAACACCCACUGGCUGCGACUGUGGGAGGUAGAAGCUGUGCUAGGUAUGAAGCCUCAAGCGAAGGCAUUCAGCAGUAAAGACAGUGGGAAAUCAGUGGUGUUGAAGCAGGAGAUAAUGCUGGAUGGGACCACGGUCAGUGCUGCCUUUGACAACACAAUGGACAUGGGCAUCGUGGGUACCACCGCGGGCACUUUGUGGUACAUCGACUGGUUGGACAACAGCAGUGUCCGUCUGGUCAGCGGCCACAAGAAUAAGGUGAAUGAUUUGGCCUUUCCCCCCAAUGAGAGCCACUUUGCUACCUGUAGCGAAGACGGCAGUCUGAGGGUGUGGUCUUUUCCCGCUAAUGAGCUGGUGGUCCAGUUCCAGGUGCUCGGUCAGUCCUGCAACUGCGUGUGUUGGAGCCCUUUUCCUAGUGAGCAGCGCAUAUCCGUGGCCGCAGGAUACGGCGAUGGCACUUUGCGCAUCUUUCGGCUUGCCAUUGCCGAAAUGGAGAGGAAGUUGCAGCCACAUUGUGUUGCUGUCACCGCUAUCCAAUACUCUGCAAAUGGUGAUGUGAUCAUAUCCGGUGGGAAGAAUGGUCUUAUUGCUGUGAGCAGCUCCAAAGACGGCACAACUAUUCGAAUCUUGAAGGACCACAAAGGAGCAGCUGUCAGCGCCAUCCAAUGUGUAAAUGAACAGUGUAAGGACUUUGGAAUGGUGGGAAAUGAGCUGUGGUUGGCUGCCAGCGCUGACCGGCGCAUCAGUGUCUGGGCGGCAGAUUGGUUCACGCACAAUUGCGCUUUACUGGACUGGCUCACACUUCCUGCUCCGCCGUAUCGCCAGGAUGACAGUCCACCCCCCAGCCUCGCUUCGUUCUGUCCAACAGACCCCAGUUUGGUGGUCUACACUUCUUACGGAAUAGAGAAAGAUAUUUCCUUCUACAGCCUCUCCAAGAAAAGGAUCAUCAAAAAGAUCGCCAUCCCCCACUGGGCCACGUGUUUCAGCCUCUCCUCAAAGAGUCAACUCAUAGCUUUGGGGUCAAAAGAGCGAGUGUUGAAGCUGAUCGAGUGGACCAGCGGCAAGUUCCAAGACUUUUUACAGCACAGCGACGCUCUGCAGACGUCCCGCUUCUCCCCCUCAGGGAAGCUCCUCUUCUCUGUGGCCCAUAAUGAGAUUCUCCUGUGGGAGGUUCAGGGCCUCUAAAAAAACGUUUUUGUUUUUUGUUUUUUAAACCUUCCAUUUCUUCAGUUUUCUUUUGUGGAAGGAACAGCUUAAAAUUGUUGUCACUGUGCUGAUUUAGAGACCUUUUUAAUGUAUAGUUUUUCAAUAGGUGUUCAUGAACAAUAUUUAUGGAUUUUCUCACAAAGAAUAUGAAAAGCAAGAUUAAAAGUGUUUUCUGUCUCUAAUUAAGCAACUGAUGCAACUGCCAAAAGAGGAUUUAUGUGGUGACAUAUUUGCGUUGACUUGCCUUUUUGAAAGUGCAGCCUGCUGCAAAAUUAUUCAAAUGCUCUGGAAUUUAAGAUGUGUUUGAUUUUUAAGACAAAAUGAGAAUAACUCUUUUAUGCAAUUCUUCUUUAAACACAGCUGCAUGCGGUUUUACUUUAUAACCUCUUGUAAGCAGCUGGAAAGCAGAGCUUUAACACUCUACUCCUAAUUUUAAAAGAACAGGUUCCAUAUUGUACGGAUAACCCAGAAAUAUCCGCCUAUUUCCCAAGCAAUGCAUGCGUCAGUUUUACCCUUUAGUGCCGUUGUCUCACAUCCAAAAAAAGGAAGCUUUUAUAGGAAUAGCCAAAUGUCUUUCUGCUAAUUUCAUAAAUAACUACAUGUGUUUUCCUUCCACCAAUGUAACUUAAAUGUUAUAUGUAGAAAACUAGCCACAAUAAAUGUUUAGUAACAUUUUA